CAUCAAGCAACCUUCUCCAUUAGAACAUCCAGUUUAUUCCGCUGCUCAGAGCUUCUUUUGUGUCCCUCCUCGACAUUCGAUCAGUAAAAAUGAUUAUCCCCACCUCCCCCACCUUGCAGCUUCAAGAAACAGAGCUUGCCCAGCCAAAACCAGCAAUCAUCAUUCAGGAGAAACACGACGAGUACCUAAACACGUUAGCGGGCUUGAGCUCUCAUCGCGCCAUGCAUAAUGGGGUAGUUCCGUCGAUGUUACAUGCUGGAGACUUCGCGCUAUCUAUUGGAAAGCUUUUCGGUCAAGAUCAGCUUGACCACGAGACCGUGUUCACAGCACAGUUUGGCAGGACGAAUCCGAACCACGAAAACGCCCCUUCGGACGGAGAUGUAGUUUGGUUUUGUAGCUCAUGCGGAGACGGCCCAAUAGGAUCGUGGCAGGUCUGCUGCCCGGUAUGCACUCAUCAGAAGUGUGGUGGUUGCAGGGUGGAACAGACUUGACGCCGUGCAACGCUUUCCAAAAACCUCAUCACGUCUUCGAACUAGAGCAGCCAACACCGUCAGAUUAUGGUACCUAGGCACGCAACUACCACUUCAUCUGGAUGAUUCGAUCGUCAACCGACUUCAAUUGGCCCCCAACCACCCCUGCUCUCUUUUUAUCGGCCCCUUGUUUCUUUGUUAUUACGGCGUUCGGUUUAGACUUUGGUUGUUUUAUGGGCUUCUCUCACCAAUGUAACCACAAUUGUGGGUUUGGCGGAUCUUUUCCCAGCAUUUCAGCAAGCGAUGAUUGAUUAGCGCUGUUGGUGUCUGUAAGAUUCCCAUUUGACCUGCCCAGAGCAGGUCGCCUCCUCACGGAGAUUCUAGUCAUUCUUUGGUAUACACAUAU